AUGCAAACGGAGGACCAGGACAGGGUGGCCAGACCUGACAUGAGUUGUAUUCAGUCAUCAAAUGUCAGCGAUCAGGUGAGGACUGAGAACGUAAGCAAGACAUGCCCCCAAGGGACAUUGAAUUAUCCUGGAGAGGCUCACGCGAUCCGUAUUGAGCCCAGUCAAGAGGCCAUGUUCUCUACCGAGCAGGAUACUUUUACAGUAGUCGAUAACGGAGAGGUGGACAAAGCGUUGCCAAAUACGUCGGUCAGGGCAGAGACUACGCAGGGCGACAACGCCGAUGGUGACAAGGACCUGGAAUUGAUUAUCGAAGCCGCUCGAAAGGCGAACUUGGUCUACGAGGUAAAGGUUUGCUUUUUGCUUUCUUUGAACGCUGAGGGACUACUCAGAGACGUAGUUGUGACUGGAUCGGGAAGCACUGUGUCCUCUCUGACGGAUCUCCCCCUGGACGAUCAACUAUCCAGUGGUGAGGGUGUUGAAAACACCCGCCUUCGUCGGAAUAUUCCUGAGGCGAUCACUGACGAGAAGGAAGGCAGUGAAGACAAUGAUCCAGUAAAAUACGUCACGAAACCCGAAUCCCCGGACCUCCCGACGCAGUCUGGGAUUGAACGCAUCAAACUGCAACUAAGCUGUCCAAAAUUAGUGAACACCAACUUAGCCGAAAACAGGAUUGCUUUCGUAGACCUGGUGUCCGGUCCAAUGAAGGGUUCAGAAAACCCAACUACUGUUUUUCUGAUGGAAGACGGUAAAAUAGUAGAAAAGGGGCGCGGUCGACGGAGAGGCAAGGAAACCUCCACGGCAGAUGGCGUGAGAGAUCACGUGGAUGAAAACCGACCAAAUGCAUGCGUUUCGGAGGAGGAGAUUAAACCUUCCAUAGAGAUGUGCCUGCUUAAUGGUCUUCAGGAUACAGUGAGUCAAGAAAAGCAGAUGAAGAAGGGGGAUGAAAGAGGGAAAGAGGUGGCGAUAGUGGCCGAGAAAAGAGAAAGCUUGGUGAAGGAAAUUGCAGAAAAUGAUGAAAAGGAGACGUGUAUGCCCAGUGCGCGAUCGCUAUCAGUCGAGAAGUCGGACGGAGGGGAGGUCGGACCAUCAACAGCAACAGAGGAUUGCCUGGUGUUACCAAAGAUGACUGAUCUAGUGAACACGAUUGAGAACGAGAAUGUUGUUGACGAAAGUGUGACUGAAAUUGAAGGAUGCACGUUUACGGAGCCGUCGCUGACUGAGGAUGGGGAGAAGAGGAGAGGAGAGGAGAAAGUGGGCGUGAAGAAAGACGAAACCAAUGGCGAUCGUCGGGAGAAAAAUCAAACAGAGGAAGAGAACGAAGAAGAUGAAGAAAGGCGGAAAGGACAUGAAAUGAUGAGGAAAGAGUUUAUGUUCAGCGCCAUUAAAACGGACGGUCAAGUAGAAGAGGAGGCAAGGCCAGAGCAAAGGGAGAUGGAGGCGAAAGAGAAGGAGGAAUGGCCAAGGGACGGGGAGGCGGGUACGAUCAUGAGCAACGAUGAUGAUUCUAGUGAAAAAGCAACCGUCCCCGAAAAGAGCUAUACACCCGCUGUCGAGUCGCCAUCGCAGAAGAAGAUGGGUGCAGAGAAGGAGGAUGAAGAGAGGAGGGAACGGCGGAAAAAGUAUGAGAAAGAGGAUGGGAACGAGGAUGGUAUCAUGUUUGCGUCGAAGGUGUCGGAGAGGGAGGAUCUGGGCAGCCCGAAGGAGACGAGAAAAGGAGAAGAGCAUGUUGAUGAGAGACAAAGUGGGCAGGAAGAGGAUGAGCAGAAGAAAAGACCAAAUGUAAACGAGUCAUACAGAGAUGAAGACGACUCGAUUAGUGCAUUGGUGGAGGCUUUGGAAGCCCUUCGAGAGGAUGAUGUGUUAGGUGGGGUUGACGAGGGUAAGGAAGAGAGUGGUAGUAAGGAUUUCGGCAAGAAUACACCUGCUCUGGACGAGGAGAUCGGGCCUUCCGAGGAGAUUCCUAAUAUAGAAGACAUUCUUUCAGACCUGGUGGAGCCGACAGUAGAAAUUGAUGAGAUGCAGGGAUGUCUGGAGAAGCAGAAAGGAGGGACUGAAGACGGCGAGAAGGACACGGCGGAGGAAGGAAGGGGAAAAAAGAGAAAGAGAGGACGGAGGAGAAGGAAGGACGAGGGGGAGAAUCAAGAGACGACUAAUGCGGACAACGAUGAUGAGUAG